AAAGUGACUUUUGGUACUGUCUAUUUGCAGGAUGCAAACAAAAGGCAUCACCCACUGGACUUGAAUACUCUAAAGGGUCAUGGGGAUAUUGUCACAGGAGUUUGCUUCUUACCCAAUGCACAGUCUUUGGCAACUGCUUGUGCUGACGGCGUUGUUAGGAUCUUCAAGUUGGAUGAUGCUUUGAGCAAAAGCUUUAAGUUUCUGAGAAUUAAUUUGCCUGCUGGAGGUCAUCCGAUUGCAGUUGCAGUUGCUGAUGAAGCUUCCUCGGUUGCAGUGGCAUGCCAUGCUCUUUUUGGUUCUUCCUUGUACAUGUAUGGUGAAGAGAAACCUAAAGCAGAUGCUGAUUCCAAACAGGCCAAGCUUCCUCUUCCACAAAUCAAAUGGGAACAGCAUAAAGUUCAUGACAAGAGAGCAAUCCUAACUCUAGUUGGUACCAAGGCAACUUAUGGUACUGCUGAUGGGAGUACCAUCAUUGUUUCAUGUUCUGAAGGUACUGAUAUUGUGCUUUUUCACGGAAAAAGUGGCAAGAUUGUUGGAAACGUCGAUACUAAUCAACUCAAAAACAACAUGGCUACUAUAUCUCCCAAUGGACGUUUUAUAGCUGCCGCAGCUUUUACCGCUGAUGUCAAGGUUUGGGAGAUUGUGUACUCGAAGGAUGGUACUGUAAAGGAGGUUUCAAGGAUUAUGGAGCUCAAGGGGCAUAAGAGUGCAGUGACGUGGCUAUGCUUUAGCCCGAAUUCUGAACAAAUAAUCACUGCAUCGAAGGAUGGUACAAUCAGAAUGUGGAAUAUUAAUGUGCGCUAUCACCUUUCUGAGGACCCUAAGACAUUAAAGGUGUUCCCUAUUCCCCUUAAAGAUGCAAGUGGUACAACUUUACACUAUGAUCGUUUAUGUGUAUCCCCUGAUGGAAAGAUAUUGGCCACCACUCAUGGUUCAAUGAUGCAAUGGCUAUGUAUGGAGACUGGGAAGGUUCUGGAAACAGCUGAAAAAGCACAUGAUGGUGAUAUCACUGACAUGGCAUGGUCGCCUUCUCCGAUUCCAAUGGGUGACAAGCAAGUUCUGGUGUUGGCCACAGCCAGUGUCGAUAAGAAAGUGAAGUUGUGGGCAGCUCCAUCCCUGAAUGCAUCAUGAAUGAGCGACGGAACCUUUCCCCAUGAAUGACACAAGUAUUUGAUGUCUCGACCAGUUUUUUGAACUAAUAGAUCAUAGGGGGGACUGACGAUCAGAAGAGGAGAAUACAGCCGAAGUUAGAGGAUUGAGUGCUUACAUCUUUUGAGGGCUUUUGUUAUUCAAAGAUUAGACUUAACCAGAAUGUGGUAAAGCUAGAGAAAUUUUUUGAUGUUUAAUUUGAUGUUAUAUUAUUAUAUACAUGGGUGGUAGUUUUCUCUAUCGAGUUCUGAGGAAUGGUGUGGUGUUACUGAUCUAUUUUAGAGCUUAGAACUGGUAAAGGGUACUUUUUUCUGUUUCAAGUUAAAAAAGAAAAUUAUAUA